UUAAAAUUUUUUGUGAAACAGGUCGAAAUGUUUCUGAUUGUGGACUUGCUUACAGCAAGUGUUCCGUAUGUAGCAAUUGUACCUGAUUUCUGGGUCAAAGAAGGAAGAUGUUCAUAUCCAAAGAAAAGAGGUGACGUAGCUGCAAUUAGACGGGAGAAACCAAAAGAGAAUUGGCUUGUUUAUGAUUGUAUUGUUCGAAAGCAAUUUGAUUCGUUUCAAGCAGCGAAAGAUAAAGAAAAUCGUGCCUGUGAACAAAAUGAACUAACAACGGCAUCGGAAGCAGAGAAUGCAGGUGGCAUUAUAGGUGGAAAGGGAUGCCGUAAAAAAACGCCAACUAGAAGAUAUUCGCCGACUACCGAUUUAGACGAUUCAGGGGAAAGUAGCGACGGAAUGUAUGGUCCUACUCAAGACAUUUUACCUUCGAUUCCGAUUCCAUCCGGACUUCAGAAGAGAAACACAAAUCUAGUAGUUUCGAAAGAGCAUCAAUCGAACGUUCCACUACCACGGCAUUUUGAAUUUUCUUCUAAUGAAUUGAUCAACCGCCAAAUUGAAAAUUCGAAUGUUCAGUGAACGGAAAAGAAUUGGUUUCCGUUCACCUCUACAAAAUUUGGUCAUCAGCAACGAAGCUGAUUGACCCAUACUUCACUGUAACUCAGAUGGAUAGUGGUAAGUGGAUCACCACGUGACUCCGCACAACAGUGCUGGCCUGUUGUCAUGCGGAUUUGAUCGAUUGAUGCUGCUGGAAUUUAUUUCCAUAGAGUAAGAUAGCAGCGCGUAUAAUCAUAGUUUACGAACGCACCUUGGUGUCUUAAGAUACAGAAAGGUGCGUUCGUAAGACAUGAUUGUACGCGCUGCUAUCUUCCUCUAUUGCGUGUAUUUCUACAAUGUAAUACCCGCCAGUGUAUAAUAAACAAGUUUUUC